UUGAUGUUCCAGAUUUCAGUUAACUUAAACCCUACUCCACUCACAUUCCAAUUCUGAACUCGCGAGUUAGCCAUGGCGAUUAUCUCUGAUUUCCACGAAGACGAGCAGAAAGAGACUCAAUCCAAAACCAAAGCCUCCCCAUCACAUUCUUCUUCGUCUUCGUUCAGUGCGAGUUUUGAUCGAUCCAAUCCCGUUGCGUUUCUGGAGAGAGUCUUCGAAUUCAUCUCCCAAGAAUGCGACUUUCUGGAGACAGAGACGGCCGAGAAGGAGGUAGCGUCUUUGGUGCGCGCCGUGGGAGAGAAGAGGAAGAAGAAGAAGAGAGAGGAGCUGAAGGCCUCGGAGGAGAGAGAAAAAGCUGAGAAAAGGUUGAAGGAAGAGAAGGAACUCAAAGUGGAAGACAAUAAGAACGAGGAAAGCGGCUCCAGAGUUCCAAACAAAGGUAACGGCCUGGAUUUGGAAAAAUAUUCUUGGACGCAGACUCUACAGGAGGUUACUGUGAAUGUUCCAGUGCCAAAUGGAACCAAAUCAAGGUUUGUCAUCUGUGAGAUAAAGAAAAACCACCUAAAAGUUGGACUCAAGGGCCAGCCCCCAAUUAUUGAGGGGGAGUUAUACCGGCCUGUCAAGCCUGAUGACUGCUAUUGGAGCAUAGAGGAUCAGAGUGCACUUUCUAUUCUUUUGACUAAGCAUGAUCAAAUGGAGUGGUGGAAAUGUCUGGUAAAAGGUGAUCCUGAAAUUGAUACCCAAAAAGUUGAACCUGAGAACAGCAAACUUUCUGACCUGGAUCCAGAAACUCGACAGACUGUCGAAAAAAUGAUGUUUGAUCAGAGGCAGAAGUCUAUGGGCCUCCCUACCAGUGAUGAGCUCCAAAAGCAGGAAGUUUUGAAGAAAUUUAUGGCUGAGCAUCCAGAGAUGGACUUCUCGAGUGCAAAAAUAUCAUAAACGGUGCAUUGCUCUUGGCUUGGUUUUUAAUGGUCUGGCCUUACAUGCAGCCUUGUCCCCCCUUGUAUCUUAUGUCGGUGGUACCUAUGGUUGAUGUUUAUUAUUUUGCUAUCUCUUUUUGGGUUGAGAAUACAAUGGACUUAAUAAUAGUUGAUCUUGUGGUUGAAGAAUUUUCAGUGCUAAUUAUAGUAUAAAUAU